AUGCUGCGCAAGUGCUCGGCGGACGUGGUGAUCGUCGGCGCGGGCGUGGCCGGCUGCUCGGCGUUCUACCACUUGGCGCGGCUGAACGCGCGCAACCCGAGCUUCAAGCCGCUGCUGGUUGACGCACUGCCCCCGAUGUCGCUCACCAGCGCGAACGGCUCCUUCAGCUACCGCAACUGGUUCCCGAGCGAGGCCGAGACGCCGAUGAGAGAGCUCGUGGUGCACUCCAUCGACGUGAUGGACGACAUCUGCAAGCGGACCGACAACGCGCUGGGCCUGAACCGCAACGGAUACCUGUUCGUGACUCGGGAUGCCAACAAGAUGGAGCAGUUCAAGCAGCUGGCCAAGAACCUCGAGCGUCAUGGGGGCGGGGAGCUGCGUGUCCACGAGCCCAAGGACAAUCUCAGCGGCUACCGGUUCAACACGAAGGAGAUGCAGUACGAUCUGGACGGGAGUGAUCUGCUUGUGGGCAUUGACAACGUUGCGGCCGCAUUCCCCAAUCUCAAGCACUCGGACGCUCUUGGGGCGCUACAUGUGCGUCGCUGCGGGUCGAUGGACCACGUUAAGGUGGCCACCUACGAGCUCACGAAAGCCGCAGAGUACUGUCCGAAGGCUGAAAUUCUACAGGGCAAGGUCACAGACUUCUCGGCUACGGGCGGCAACGUGAGCGGCGUUAAGGUGGCUAUGCAUAGCGGUGAGACGCUGGAGGUGUCGACGCCCAACGUGGUGUUCGCGACGGGGCCGCUGUUCGAGAGAACGCUGGAUAUGCUCAAGCAGAAAGACAUGUCGAGCUACGACGUACCUAUUAUCAAUGAGCUGCACUGCCGAGCUAUCGUCGACGAUGUCGACCAUGUACUGCCCCCUACGAUGCCACUGACGUUUGAUUCGGACCCCAUCGGCAAGCUGGAGUUUUCGGAUAAGGAUCGCAAGGAGAUUAUGGCGGAUCCUUCGGCUGCUCGCAUGCUGGAGGACUACCCAGGAGGAGUUCAUGUUCGCCCGUACAACGGGGACAAGAUGAUGUUUGUCUGGACUUAUGACAUUGAACCAGUGCCUCCCCGCUACCCUGUCGAGGACGUGGUUGAUCGGAGAUUCCCUGAAGUAUGCGUCCGCGGGUUGACGAAGAUGUUCCCGCAGGUGAAAUCGUAUCUGUCGCGAUCUGAAGCGCGCGAUUCAUUCUACGUGAGCGGGGGAUACUACUGCAAGACUCUGGACAACAUGCCGCUCAUUGGGCCGGCACCGAGCACGAUUGGUGGCAUCUUCUUGCAGUCCGCUAUGACUGGAGUUGGGCUCAUGUCGAGCGCCGCGUCUGGACACCUGCUGGCCACGCACGUCAUGGGCGAGACGCUGGAAGGAUGCGGACUCGCGAACCACGUAGACGCUUUCCUACCGAGUCGGUUCGAGGACCAGGCAUACGUGGACUUCCUCAGCGAUGGCGGCGGUGCCGCGUGUGGACAGGUGUAA